UAGGCUGCUUUUGUUUUUUAGCUAUUCAUGACGGAAACGAUGGCGCUGAGUGGGAACUGUAGGACUAACAUCAAAGAGCCAGCAUCGGUUCAGAACAGUUUCCCAGAUGUUGUUGAAUUGAACGUGGGGGGGCAGGUUUAUUACACGCGUCACUCCACUUUGGUGGGCACCCCGAAUUCGUUACUCGGCAAGCUAUUCUCUUCCAGAAAAGAAGCAUCGAACGACCUGGCGAGAGACCCAAAGGGCCGCUACUUCAUCGACCGAGACGGCUUUUUAUUCCGCUAUGUGUUGGACUACCUCCGGGACAGGCAGGUGGUCCUCCCGGACCACUUCCCGGAGAAAGGGCGGCUCAGGAAGGAGGCGGAGUACUUCCAGCUGCCCGACUUGGUGAAGCUCCUGACCCCCGACGACGCCAAGAGCAGCCCGGACGACUACUUCCACAGCGACUGCGAAGACGGGUCCCAGGGCAGCGACGGCCGGCAGUGUCCGCCCUCCUCUCUCGUCCCCGCGGACAGAAAGAGCGGCUUCAUCACGGUGGGUUACCGGGGCUCGUGCACCACGGGUCGAGAGACUCAGACCGACGCCAAGUUCCGCAGGGUGCCUCGGAUACUGAUAUGCGGUCGGGUGGCUCUCGCCCAAGAAGUUUUCGGGGAGACCCUGAACGAGAGCCGGGAUCCGGACAGGACCCCGGACCGGUACACCUCGCGGUUUUACCUCAAGUUCAAGCACCUGGAGAGGUCUUUUGACAUGCUGUCGGAGUGCGGUUUCCAAAUGGUGGCCUGCAACUCGUCGGUCACGGCCUCGUUCGUCAGCCAGCACACCGAGGACAAGAUCUGGUCCAGCUACACAGAAUACGUCUUCUACCGCGGUUCGUCGCGUUGGUCCUCCCCUCCGUGCGACUGCUGCUGCAAGAACCACAAGGGCGACGGCGAGGGCGAGAGCGGCACCUCGUUCAACGAGCUCUCCACCUCCAGCUCCGAGAGCCAGUCGGAGGCCGGCUCCCCGCAGGGGACGGUGAUCUGCGGGCCGGUCAGCCGCCAGUCACACCCCCGCGUCCAAACCCUGGACAGGCCGCUGAAAAAGGGCCCGGUGGCCAUGCUGCAGCACUCCGAACAGCGGCGCAAGAGUGACUUGCUGCGCACGCUCACGGCGAGCUCCCGCGACACCAGCACGACGUGCAAGAAGAGGCCGGCCAAAGAGAAGCCGACGGCCGAGGAGGAGUUGGAAAAGUGCAUUCAAGACUUCCAAAAGAUCAAGAUCCCGGAGAGGUUCCCCGAGAGGAAGUACAUGUGGCAGGCCGACCUGCUGAGAAAGUACCGCGUGUGAGCCAGGAAACGGGACCCGGCGUGCAGACACAUGAGGCCAAGGAUCAGUUUACAUGUUUUUUGAUCAGGACUUUUGCAACAAAACAGGGAGAAAACACCGAACUCUUUAGAAUCCAGUCACUGGAAGAAAGGUCACCUUCAUGCCAGUAGGCUUAAAUGCUCCACAGCAGCUAGUAAGAAGCAUGAAAAACGGACUUGUUGACAUAGAACGUGUGUGUGUGAGUGUGAGUGAGUAGUUUAGGCCUACAGUAUGUAUUGUAGGUAUGUGCCGCACGUGCUGAAUGCUUCACAGCCUUGAAUAUUUUAUCCCCGAAAGACGUCGUCUCCGAACCGAUGGACCAACCGCGGGCCAGCUGACGGCUGCAAAGGUUGAAACACCCGGCCCUCUGCCUGUCAUUUUAAUGGAAAACCAUCACCGGAGCUACAGUUUUAUUCCACAGAGAACUGAUUUAGUUUGUGAAUGUGUGUUAAAGUGUGUGUCUGUGUGUGCGUUUGCACCCAUGUGGCCUAGAGGUCAUGAAUACAUCUGCAUCAGGAACCAUUAAUAAUUCAUGCUGUCCCGACUAUCACUAUAAAUACUCUUGAGUGCUCAGCUGCCGGGGCGGCGGGUCAAUUUCCAAACUUUCAGACAACAUUUUGGGGAUUUUUCGACUUGGAGGAUGCACAAUUUCAUCAGCAGCACAAUUCCUUUUCUUCUUCUAACAUCAGUUAAAUUGCAAACUUACCCCAAGUGAAUCAAACUACCUUCGCAAAGCAUGUUUUUUUUUUGCCGUGGCUUUAUGUGGAGCAGUUCCCAGGUUACGCUGUGAUAGAUAAGUGGAAGAGUGGAGGAUUACAUUUGACGGGGGGGGGGGUACAGAAGCUCCGUUUCCACUUAAAUGGCUCUCGCGUUCGUUUCCACAUACAAGGCCAUCAAUUACCAGGUGGUUUAAACCAUGCUGACUGUGACACCCGCAGUGACUGAAUGGGACGAAAUCGCUUCGCAGGCUAAACCAUCAGUGCAAACAGAAGCUUUCUACCCAGUCGGUUGACAAGGUGAUUGAUAGCGAUUCAUUUUAAAGAGCUCAUAGACGUGGUUCUUGUUUACAGUAAUUAAUGACGCCCCUGGGUAACUUACACAGGUAGUUUGACUAUUAAUGUGUGCACGUGGAUGUUCUCCAGGUUUAGUUAGUGUAACGCGUCGUGGUAAUAAAAUCAACAAAGAUGGCGGACUAUCUUUAAAUAGUCUUUUUUCAUUUUUAUUGUGCAUUUCGAGAACCUGGUUUUAUAUCCCAAGUGGGUUGAUUCUUAAUUCAGGUUGCAAAUUAACUUGUUGAACACUGCAAAGGGCAAACGCACAAAGGCAAUGCCAUUUAAAGCAAUCCUAGUCAAAAUAGUUCAAUGUUUAUUUAAACCGGUAGUGUUACCGAUAUUAAAAUCUUGUAAAAGAGCACAUAUUAUAAAGGGUUGGACGUGUAGUGUACAUCUAAGGAAACAAAUACAGUACAUGAUUCAGUGAGAAUUAGAUUUCAACAUGACAAAAUGUUUAGAAACUUGAAGCGAUGUCCAAAGUACUGUGGAAGGAAGCUUAAAUAACCUCACUAGGUCCAAUAGAGGAGACAGAUUUGAUCAGAUAUUAGGACGAAAUAGCUGAAAAACAACUGCAAACAGACACCAUGUUUGUUGGUUCCAGUUUUUUGGGCAAAACACUGAUGUUAUUUAUGAAUAGUGUGAUAGACAACAAUGUUAGUUUGUGCUACAAAAAGCUACAUAUAAAUGAUUGGGUUGACCAGAUAAAAGUUCAGGAAGGUUACCUCGCUUGUAGAAGUUAAACAAUGAAGAAAAGGAGACAAUGGCAUUUUCCUGGAGAAAUAUAAUUAAAGUUCUCAAUAUUUGUUGUUACUUCUCUUGUGAAACUAUAUAUGAACAAUCAAAGCUUUCACAAAGCACAAUAUUUUAAGCUCAAUUAAAAGCACACAGACAGUCAUGCAUAUAUCAAAUAUGUACAGUAUAAUAUCAAAAAUAAAAAUACCCCAAUUCAAAAAUGUUCUAUUAUACUUAUUUUUCUAUCAAAAGGCCUUUACAUUAAUAGAUUAUCCAAUGCCCUUAAGUUGCCCAUAAAAUGUAUUUCCUGUGAAAAGCGGUUCAUAGGUAGUAAUAUUUUGAGUUGUAUGUAUAUUCAAUGGUGUCCAUAUGUUUACUGUGGUUUAUUAUAGAAUACAAUAAUAUGGUUGCAAUAGGUGCUGAUAUAAACCAACCAUUUCCCUGACGUCCACACAAUGAAUAUGACAUAUUUUUCUACAAUACUGGGAUAUUACAUUUUCAUUUAGAAGUAAUUUAUCUUAUGAGGAGAAGUCGAGAUAUGUUAAUGCACACUACACGUUGUAUGUAAAUAAACACCAUGAAUCACAUCCAACCAGAAUGAUGUAUUAUACUACCUGUAUAUAUAACAUGCAAAUCCAUGAGGUGUGGCUGCCGCAUUGUUUUUAGUGAUACAGUAGACUGACGCUAAUGUAAUACAGCCAUUCUUGUUUUAUCAGCUAGAGUAUUGGCCCAUCAGGGAUGAGAAAAUAUAUAAUACACACCUAUAAAAUAUUAUAGCCUAUAUUUACCACUAUAACAAAUGAUAAACAACUCGCUUUCUGAGCAAACAUGGUCAUAAACUGGUUGUCAGCGCGACGGAAGCCGUCACAGGCGACCGAGACAUUUCAGCAACGCUGAAUUGAAAUCAAUAAAUCUGAAAGACGUAUGUUCAAGCCUUGAGGAAACAAUCCAUCACCGAAUGGUUUGCUACCACCCAGUGCAGGCAGAAAGUGUUGUGUUUGGUUGUUGUUGUUGUUGUCGUCGUUCUGGCUCUUUACGCCGGGACGUUGGAUUUGAAACGAAACUUCAACUACGAACUUAAAAGGGACGACGUUCAGCUGUUUUUCGGGGCGGGUUUUAUUGGGUGAAAAAUGAAAAGUGUCAGAAUCACAGCACGAUUUCCCCAAUAUAAGGACAAUACAACAGAAUUCCAAACGUACUGACGAGGCAAUAAACGAGAUCUUAUGGACAAACACUCAUCGGAUCGCUCUCUCGGUUGGAUUUUCAGCUGCAACUUAAAGGGAAUCCAACUGAUUUUAUGUGUUCUGACCAUAAUCCAACUGAGUUUUACUGCUGAAUACCAGACUGAAGCCCCUGAAGCAGCAGAGUCUUAAGCCAGCUGCAGUUUAGGUGACACAGUGAGCAGCAUUGUUGGCAAAGGAGUCACAAACCGAAUAGACAACAGUAGAACAGGAUGUGGGCUAAACGUUGAUAUGGUUUCCCUUUAAGUUGAAAUUCAAAACUAGAAACGCGUGAAAGUCUUGUGUGAGCCACAACAAAACAAACUGCACUAUAUAAAGCAUUGUGGUGGUGUUGUAUUCUUUGUUCGUGUUCCUGGUCUGAACCAAAGGAAAAAUGUCCGUUCUUUGCACAGAUUGUUUGUGGUUGACUUGCAUACAGCACAGUUAGUUCACACUGGCCAGCUAUGAGGGCUUAUGAUUGCAGGUUUCAUGUAUUCUGGCCUUCAACCGCCUGUAAACACAGGUGGAAAUGGCCGAAUAGGAGCAUCAGGCCAGACAAUAGUUGGCCUUUGGUUGAUUAUUGCUUUAAGCUUUCUGAGAACGGCAUGCUGACUUGAGAUACUGUAUAAAGAUUUUUCUCUUUUACUUGUAAAUUGUGUUUCUGAGCGGCUAGUGCAACAGUUCAAAUAAACAUAAUUCAUAUUAAGGAUGAACAUCUGAUUGUCAAGAAAGAAUUGUGGCUUAACCUUUUGCAUCAUUUUCUUUGUAAAGUCUUUUUUUUUUUUUACAUCUGCAGUAGUUAUUGGUGUGCCGCUUUUAUUGAGUCAAAACUUAAGCAGAGGGAUAUGAGGGACCAUAUUUGCUCGACCCUGCCAGCCAUUUAAAAAAAAAAAUGUGUUGGGUUUGUUUACUUUAUAAGCAUCAAGGUCAGUCGGUCACGGAAAUCGAUCCGAGAGCAUUUUCAAACUGAAAUGUGUCUCCAGGAAGGCUGUUGAACACACGUAGUGAAAACGCACAGCAAGACACCCGGUGGCCUUCUAGAGUAGAAUACAGCCGUUUUUUGCACAAUGUAUAAAGUUAUACGGAAACACAAACAAGUAUUUCAAAAAGAGAUCAAAAGUCAAUAAUCACCUUACAUGCACAACAUAGUCACACAUAUUGCGUCCUUCAUGAGAGAGAAAGAUGACCGCUUUUCACCUUCAGAGAACAUGAUAUCAAGUUAUUUAAGAAAAGAAGAAAAAAAAAAGAGGAUGUGGAGCUUGUUGUAAAAGAAUGACUUUAUUUUGGUUGCAAGUACAAUGUGAUGUAUGAAAAGGAGAGCGACUGAAGUAAUGUCAAACGUGUGAAUUGAUGUGAUCUUGCGUGGCCGUCUACAGAUUUUCCUUUGCUGAAGUUAAGGUCGUGCCCCGACGUACACGACCACAGGCCCGCUUGUUUUCCUCCUGUCUUUCAUGAGCCUGUGAAGCACAAUCAUCUACUCUGACACCACCCGACACACACACCGAUUGAAACAAAGGGGCGUUUGUUUUUACGUUAAGUUGUUCUGACACUAAAAAGGAGAUAAAAAAAUGGUUCGGACACAUUGUGAGCAUGUUGGUAUUCAAAACAUAUAACAGAUUUAACCUAGUCUGUUCUUGUGUAAAAGAUUAUGUCGAGAGCUGAUAUUUAACAGAAAAAAAAAUAACUUUACAAAGAAAAAAAAAAAGAUAAAAGAAGCACAAAUGUGUUGAUAGUGUCUGCUGUUCUUCCACAGGUGUGUAACUUUUUCAAAUAAAAAGUGUGACGAAGCUCCUGCGAAACAGAGUUAUUCUCACCCUUAUGAAAAUCUUUCAUUGAAAAAUGAAUCCUUCAGGAAACAUGAUACAGUAUCUUGGUAAUUAUGGAAUUAUGAAAACAUGGCUAUCAAAUUAUACAAAGAUUAUAAACUAAAUGAAUGUUUUCCGUUGACAGCCAAACAUCUGUGGUGAGAGUCGCUCUGCGUUCCGGGUGUUGCCACGUCCACCUUCAGACUGAAGUUUGAAUAAUCUUUAGAUACGAAGCAUAUAGCGGUUUUGAAAAUGUAUGACGACGACAACAAUAAACAAGACAUUCUGUACAGCGA